GCGCUGAAUUCUCACACAGGGUUGCCUCAUCCAGCUACGGUACCAGUCAAGCGCAGGCCGCCUUUAAAUCCGAACUUUACCCACUCUCUUCCCUUCAUUCUCCGUUCGGACCUGCUUAGAUUGACUUGGCUGGGCCACGUAGUGUGCCUAGGGUUAAUUCCCAUCCGCCAUGUCGACCUUUAUAUCUAAUCUGCUGGGGAGGAACCAGCCUGCUCCUGCUGCCGGAAAGCUCGAGUUACCUAUGGGCGAAGAGGAGCCUCUUGCUACUACACCAAUGGGCGCACUCUCCGACAAAUGUGAACUUCGUAUCGAGGGAAUGACGUGCGGAGCCUGCGUCGAGAGCAUCGAAAGUAUGCUUAGGACACAACCUGGUAUCCACAAUGUCAAGGUUGCUCUACUUGCCGAGCGGGGCCUCGUCGAGUAUGAGCCCGAUGUUUGGACACCAGAAAAGAUUAUCAAUACGAAAUUCUGCUUUAACGGACGCAUGUACUCUAUGGCGGCUCAUAUCGACAGCAUACAUAGAGCAUUCUCCAGAUAGAAUGACCACACGCUGACUCCGGGCCACAACUGGCGGGGAAGGCCUGUCGCGAAAAGGCUGGGAACAUAUCUCCUGACUCGUCUUUUUGGCCGACAUGUCGCUCUAUCUGCUUCGUAAUGUUUCUGACUUAAGGUUCACAGGAAAUUUCGGACAUCGGGUUUGAUGCUACCUUGAUCCCUCCAACACGAUCCGACGUGGUUACGCUGCGCAUCUAUGGCAUGACAUGUUCAUCAUGCACGUCGACCGUCGAGACGCAACUGUCUGCGAUGCCAGGAAUCACAAGCGUGGCGGUAUCUGAGUCGUUAGGAACAUGCAAAGUUGAAUUCGAUCACGGGCUGAUCGGUCCUCGAGACAUGGUAGAACGUAUCGAAGAGCUAGGCUUCGAUGCGAUGCUCUCGGACCAGGAAGACGCAACACAACUGCGUUCGUUGACUCGAACGAAGGAGAUUCAGGAAUGGCGCUCGAGAUUUUACUGGGCCCUCGGUUUCGCCUUACCCGUGUUUUUAAUCAGCAUGAUCGCCAAACGGAUACCAGGACUCAAGACUAUUGUUGACCACCGAAUGUGUCGUGGCGUCUAUUUAGGCGACCUCCUCGUUCUGUUGCUCACAACGCCUGCACAGUUCUGGGUCGGUAGGAAGUUCUACAGGAACGCGUACAAGUCUUUGAAACAUGGCAGCGCCACUAUGGACGUCCUGGUCAUGCUCGGUACAUCUGCAGCCUACUUCUAUUCCCUCCUUGCCAUGCUAUUCGCUACCCGUAACCCUGAUCCAGAUUACCGACCCUUUGUCUUCUUUGACACUAGCACCAUGCUUAUUAUGUUUGUCUCGCUUGGACGAUAUUUAGAAAAUCGGGCCAAAGGGAAGACAAGUGCAGCUCUGACAGAUCUUAUGGCACUUGCUCCAUCUAUGGCUACGAUCUAUACCGACGCGCCUGCUUGUACGCAGGAGAAGAAGAUACCGACAGAGCUUGUACAAGUCGGCGACACUGUCAAGCUUGUUCCGGGUGACAAGGUUCCAGCAGACGGAACCGUCCUCAGAGGUUCAUCCUCUAUUGAUGAGAGCGCCGUCACCGGAGAGCCUGUCCCCGUGCUCAAGCAGCCCGGAGAUACUGUGAUUGGGGGGACGGUCAACGGUCUAGGAACGUUUGACAUGCUGGUCACACGAGCUGGAAAGGACACAGCACUCGCGCAGAUUGUCAAACUCGUUGAGGACGCGCAGACAUCCAAAGCGCCUAUCCAAGCGUUCGCAGAUAGGGUCGCAGGAUACUUCGUUCCAACGGUCAUCUCUCUCGCAUUCAUUACUUUCACCGCUUGGAUGGUCAUAUCGCACCUUCUCGACGAUUCCGCUCUUCCGGAGAUGUUCCGCCACCAUGGAGCGAGCAAGUUGGCUGUCUGCUUGCAGCUUUGCAUUUCCGUGGUUGUCGUUGCUUGCCCUUGUGCCCUCGGGCUUAGCACGCCGACUGCAAUCAUGGUGGGUACAGGUGUCGGGGCGAAGAACGGUAUUUUGAUCAAGGGCGGACGUGCACUCGAGUCGAGCAGGAGUAUCAAGCGGAUCGUGCUUGAUAAGACUGGUACAGUCACAGAAGGCAAAAUGACUGUAACGUCAUCUGCUUGGGCAUCGUCGGAUUACUCUGCGGACCGCACAGAGUCAUUGACAGAUGCCCCUUUGACAACUAUGGUUAUUGAAGGUAUCACUCGCGCGGACGUCAUUGCUAUGGUCUCCGCUACAGAGGCACGAUCGGAACACCCACUGGCAAAGGCGGUUGCCGUCUAUGGGAAGGACCUCCUUGCGAAGUCUUUGGUGACUGUGUCAGACGUUUCCAUUGAGACAUUCGAGAGUGUCACUGGCGCUGGUGUAAAAGCUACAGUCAGUCUGACUUCGACGAAAGUUAACCGCACGAUCUACAUUGGCAACGCACGUUUCAUUACUCAGGCAGACCAUGACGACCUCCCAUCGACUUUCGCGUCGUUCAACGAGGACGAGGGGAACCAUGGACGUAGUGCUAUCUUUGUUUCCAUUGCCACUUCUCCUUCCUCUAGGCCGUAUCCAGUCCUUGCAAUCGCUCUCUCAGAUGCGCCUAAGAAGUCUACAGCUCAGGCUAUCAAGGCACUUCAGUCAAUGGGUAUUGACGUAAAUAUGAUGACCGGAGACAGCAAGCCUACGGCUAUGGCUAUCGCUAAGCAGGUUGGUAUUCGUCCCGACGGUGUUUGGGCCAAUAUGAGUCCUAAAGGGAAGGCUGCGGUCAUCACUGAGCUUAUGGAGAAGUUCGGCGGUGGCGUUGCCAUGGUUGGCGAUGGCAUUAACGAUUCUCCUGCGUUGGUCGCAGCGUCCGUUGGUAUCGCUCUCUCUUCAGGAACUUCCGUCGCAAUCGAAGCAGCCGACAUCGUUCUCAUGCGCUCAGAUCUGCUCGAUGUCGUUGCGGCUCUUCAUCUCUCACAAUCUAUCUUCUCAGUCAUCCGCCGAAAUCUCGUCUGGGCUUGCAUAUAUAACGUUCUCGGUAUACCCCUCGCAAUGGGUUUCUUCCUUCCCUUUGGUCUUCAUCUCCACCCAAUGAUGGCUGGUGCUGCCAUGGCCUUCUCAUCCGUCAGCGUCAUCACCAGCUCCCUCGCAUUGAAAUGGUGGAAACGUCCUGCAUCCAGUUUGAUGCCAGGAGAGUCCUUACCUCCGGACGACGAGCCUGGAAUGCUCAGAUCUGUGUUCAGCGAUGCUACGAGCCGUCUGCGCGGUAUCUUCAGCUCCGGGAGACGGACUGCUGGGUACAGCCAAUUGCCUGUGGAGAUGAGUGAGGCUGUAUAGAUGCGUCGUAUCUUUUGGGGUUUAUGGACUUGCUUAGAUCUAUUUUUUUUUGUACAACUUGCUUUUGUCUUGUUUUCGCGCUCGUUUAUGUUUAUUCGCAAACAAUAAUUUCUCAUCUCGUGUACCAAUUGACUGCUAUUCAACCCAGUUGUAUUUCUCGCAAGUUGGACGAAAUCGGGGAGCUGAGUGUUUCGACACGUGGCUUUUCGUUGAACAACGAUGCAGUCCCAUAUUCUUUGUCAGGAAAACUUUCAAUACCCCCAAUAGAGAUAAAUUGGAGAGGUCUGUUCAAUGUUGCACCUGGAUUCAAGAACCGUGGACAUGCUGAAUCCAAAGAUUAAACAAAUAUUUAGAUCGCAU